AAAAUACAACCAUCACCAUGUCAAAGGCACAGGGAGUCAACGUCGCCAUCAUUGGUGUCGGCUUGGUCGGCACAUCGGUCAUCUCGCAGCUGACGACGGUGCCCUCGUUGGCCUCUUCGGUCCACAUUGUCGCGCUUCAGAACAGCAAGAAGGCCCUCCUGGCCGGUUUGGGCGAGUCAAGGAUUGCCAUCUCGAGUCAACAAGACUGGCAGUCCAAGCUCUCGUCCAGCUCGACGGCAGCCCUGCCCCUGCCUCAGCUCACAUCGCACCUCGCUUCGCUCACAAAGUCGACGGGCCGCCACACCGUUGUCGUCGACAACACAUCCAACGACGCUGUCGCCUCCUUCUACCCAUCUUUUCUGGGUGCUGGCUUGAGUGUCGUGACGCCCAACAAAAAGGCUUUUUCCUCGUCGCUGGACCUCUACAAGGCCAUCCUCGAGUCCUCGGCUGCGACGGCGUCCAAUCCCCGGCCGGCGCUCCUGUACGGCGAGAGCACCGUCGGUGCCGGUCUGCCCGUGAUCUCCACGCUCCACGACAUCCUUGCCACGGGUGACGAGGUGACUCGCAUCGAAGGUGUUCUCAGCGGCACCCUCAGCUACAUCUUCAACGAGUUCUCGACGCCGAGCGGAGCCCCUCAGUCUUUCUCCAAGAUUGUCAAGGUGGCCAAGGACAACGGCUACACCGAGCCCCACCCGGGCGACGACCUCUCGGGCAGCGACGUUUCUCGGAAGCUGACGAUUCUCAGCCGCAUGAUUCCCUCGCUCCUCGAAAAGCUGCCCAAGGGCUACGAGUCGGUACCCACGCACAGCCUGACGCCUGCACCCCUUGCCGACGUCAAGAGCGGCGACGAGUACGUGGCACGCCUGCCCGAGUUUGACGCUGACUUCCAGAGCCUCAACGAGGCAGCAAAGGCCGAAGGAUAUGUGCUCCGCUACGUCGGCGUCAUUGAUGCCGUCUCGGGCGAGAUCAAGGCGAGCUUGGAAAAGUACCCCUUCAGCCAUCCGUUUGCGAGCUCGCUCAGCGGCUCUGACAACAUCUUCCAAUUCAAGACAAAGCGGUAUAGCAACAGGCCCCUGCUGGUCCAAGGACCCGGCGCAGGCGCCGAUGUGACGGCCAUGGGCGUUGUGGCCGAUCUGAUCAAGGUGGCCGAAAGGAGGGGUUGAUGAACGCUAGCAAAAAUAAAACACGGAUAGGUUGCAAGCAAACGAACAGAUGCAAGAUAUGAUAUAUGAUUACUAGAAGAAAGAGCAAAUCAGGAAGCAAGUUGCGUGUGACUGAAAAGAAAGAGAGGG